AUGGCGCUGCAGAGCCGGCCCAAGGCGCUGGCGGUGGAAGUCGCGCGCCACCAGAACGGCGACCUCAAGAAGCAGCUCCACGACAGGCCGCCGCGGAUCGCAGCGCUGAGCGACAAACAAGCUUUGGGAACCACCACUGCAGUGCCUGUCACUGGUCCUCAGGUCAGCUCCUUGCAGAGGUUGGCCGGGCAAGGAGCAGCAGUGCUACCUCAGGUUAGGCCAAAGACUCUGAUUCCAGACAGCCUCCCAGUCACCCCGGGCCGGGACCGGCCCCCCAAGCAGCCCCCAACUUUCCAGAAGGCCACUGUGGUCAGUAUCAAGAACCCCAGCCCGGCCCUCCCCACUGCCAACAACACCGUCAGCCAUGUGCCAGCGCCCGGCAACCAGCCCCAGGCCCGCGCCGAGCCCGCCACUGUCACCUCUCCUCUGAGCAGCGCCGGCGUGGCCUACGCCAUCAUCUCCACCUCCCCCAGCAAUGCCACCGCCAUCACCCCCAGCACCACUGUGUCUGUGGUCAGCGACAGCAUCAAAGUCCAGCCCCUCCUCAUCAGUGCCGACAACAAGGUUAUCAUCAUUCAGCCUCAAGUGCAGACGCAGCCCGAGAGCUCGGGGGAGCCACGGCCGCCCACGGAGGAGCCAUCUCAGGGAGCUCAGGCCACCAAAAAGAAAAAGGAAGACAGGCCCCCGGGCCAGGAGAACCCCGAGAAAAUCGCCUUCAUGGUAGCCCUGGGGCUGGUUACAACGGAGCACUUGGAAGAAAUCCAGAGCAAGCGCCAAGAGCGGAAGAGAAGAAGCACUGCCAACCCCGCCUACAGUGGCCUCCUGGAGACUGAGAGGAAACGGUUGGCGUCCAACUAUCUCAACAACCCCCUGUUCCUCACAGCAAGAGCCAAUGAGGACCCCUUCUGGAAGAGCGAGAUCACCCAUGAUGAGCACUGUGUGGCCUGCAAGCGGGGUGCCAACCUGCAGCCCUGCGGCACCUGCCCCGGGGCCUACCACCUCAGCUGCCUGGAUCCGCCCCUCAAGACGGCGCCCAAGGGCGUGUGGGUGUGCCCCCAGUGCCAGCAGAAGGCCUUAAAGAAGGACGAGGGUGUGCCCUGGACCGGGAUGUUGGCCAUCGUGCACUCCUAUGUCACCCACAAGACAGUCAAAGAAGAGGAGAAGCAGAAGCUGCUGCAGAGGGGCAGCAAGCUGCAGAGCGAGCACCAACAGCUGGAGGAGAGGGACCGACGCCUGGCCUCAGCUGUGCAGAAAUGCCUGGAGCUCAAAACGAGCCUGCUGGCCCAGCAGAGGGGCACCCAGUCAUCCUUGGAGCGCCUCCGGGCCCUGCUGAGACUGAUACAGGGCGAGCAGAUGCUCCAGGUCACCAUGACGACCACCAGCCCCACCCCACUGCUGGCCGGGCCCUGGACCAAGCCCUCCACAGCAGCCAUGCACUCUGCCCUCCAGCACCCGCAGGGGCACAACUGA